UUUUACAAAACAACAUUCUAUGAUUGAUUGACAUUUUCUUGAUAAUUUAUAUACAGUUAUAUAAAUUUUAAAAAAUGUAUGAGGAAGAUACUCAUUCUGUUAUUAUUGACAUACCAAAACCUAGAAACUUAUUUGAAGAGUCUUCAAGUUAUAUAAAGCAAAAGGUAAUUAAACAAGUUCCUAAAAGUCAAUCAAGUAAAAAACAGAUUGAUGCCAAUUUUUCAUUGCCGGACAUAAAACCCUUAUCCAUAGCCAAUUUCAAGAAAGAAGGUGUCCUAUUACCUUACAUGUUAUAUUCAAGGAAACAAGAAAAAGAUAAAGUAAAACGACGUUGUAAACUAGGGUUCCGUGAACAGUACAAGGCUGACUACGCUGACCUACAGAAGCGACUUUACACGGAGGACCCAGCUGAUGACGUCCAUGCCGUAACAGACUUUGAUCCAGGAUUUUUCAAAUGUGUGAAUGGCACCUUUUUAUCAAGCUACGUGGCUCCUUUUAAGUCUUUAAAAUAUUUAUUCAACAGUCAGCUGGGGUGGAGACAAGAAGUCGGUUAUAGACAUGACUGUAUGUUAAAUAUGGACAUCAACUUUAAAAAUGAACAGGAAAUAUACAAUUUAAGUGUUAAGAAGUAUAUGGAACAGGUUAAGUACUUCGAUGAAUUUGUCUCAGAUGACUAUCGAAAGUCUAUGACAUGUCUUAGUAAAUGGGAUGAGGUUAAAUUAGCACUUUAUAAACAAAACUUUGAUCUUCAAUGUAUGGCAACAAAGAUCUUUAACAUAUCAUCUAGCAUAGUAGGGCUAGAUUACAGGUAUGGUCUACAGCAAAAAUAUGGCCGAUUUUUAUACUAUCUUUCACCACCGAGCUGGCGGUUUAAAAACCGAAACUUUGCUCGGUCUAUUGAAAUAGAAGCAAGAGGAUUUGAUUUUGGGAUUUCUAGCGAAGAAGAUACAUUUAACGUCAUGUUUGAGAAACUAAAAAAGGAGUGCUAUAGUGGACUUAUAAAGCCAGUCCUGUUUUUUCAUCAUCCGGCUGAUAUAAUGCAAAUUUUUGAUGGUAUAGAACAGCAACAUUUACAUCAUUUUACUCAUGUAGUGGCGCUGGCCCCUCAUUCAAAACACCUGAAGAAAGGGAUCAAACUGUUCAAGGACAUCAUUGCUCUAGAAAGUGCUGGUAUCUUAAAUGUCAUCAAGCAAUUUAAAAACCUACUACAACUCAGUGAAGAUCAACGAUCGCAACUUGAAGCAAAAUUUUUUAAAAUAAUUAAUGGUCUUUUUUAUGAGAGCGUUGGAGCACUAGAUGUUUUAAAACUCAAAACGCAUUUAGAAUUUUGUUACGAAAAAGUAUACAAUGAAAAACCAAUCAAUAUGGACAUCGUUUCCACGGCUAAAGCAUUAGAAGAUGUUUACAUGGAUUAUUCUAGGCGAUUGGAUGCUGUGACUGGUGAUAAAAUUCAAGCUGCCAUGGCACAGUAUGUAAAAUCAGAAAAGAAGAAGUUUAGAAGAGCUAAAGUGGCGGCGAGGGAACUGCGGCAGUUCGAACGAUUGGAACGAGCAUUGCUUCGCGCCCAUGCACCGAUAGCUAGUAAUGCAUCCAGCUAUAGGUAUAUUGUGAAUCGAAGCUCCCAAAGAAAGUUAUUUCCAAAACUUAAAUACGAUGGCAACACUCUGACUGAAGCUGAAUUAGAAUAUUUGACCCUGUUUACUGACUGGACUGGCAAAGAGGACCCUGCACAAUUUAUACAGGGUUUACAAGAACAUACAUGAUUUUAAAACGAUGCAAAAAUAAAAUGCUUUUUGUUAAUGAAAACAGUUUA